AUGCCAAGCGAAGCCCUGUACACUGUGGCGCCGAUAAUCACCCAGCAGCCUCCUAGCAAGCAAACCAUCGCCGAUCGAGUACCUUGGAUCCCUUACAGACCCUGUCCUUGUGCUGGGAAGCUCCAAAUAACAGAUUGUGCUGAGAGAGAACGACAGAAAUCCUCGCCCGUUGUCAACUCGGUUCGACUAAACUGUCCCUCUCUCCGCAUCUCCUUCGAUAACUUCUUGUUCAUUUCCCCAACGGGAACCUCGCUCUCGCCCACGUUAUCCCCGAUUUCCUGCCAUUUCUAUUCACCUCAACAUAAACCCUCCACGAUGUGGAUUGUAAACUGGUUCUAUGACAUCCUCGCCUCCCUCGGGCUGCUGAACAAGCAUGCCAAGCUCCUCUUCCUCGGUCUAGACAAUGCAGGAAAAACUACGCUGCUGCAUAUGUUGAAGAAUGAUCGAGUCGCCAUUCUGCAGCCCACCGCACAUCCCACAUCCGAAGAACUAGCUAUUGGUAACAACAGAUUCACAACAUUCGAUCUCGGUGGUCAUAUGCAAGCCCGUCGCCUCUGGAAAGAUUACUUCCCCGAAGUAAGCGGCAUCGUCUUCCUCAUCGACGCCAAGGAUCCCGACCGUUUCCCCGAAGCCAGGGCGGAGCUGAGCGCGCUCCUAGCUAUGGAAGAGCUUGCCAAGGUCCCCUUCCUCAUCCUCGGUAACAAGAUCGAUCAUCCAGAAGCUGUACCUGAGGAUGAGCUCCGCCACCAAAUGGGCCUCUACCAGACCACCGGCAAGGGGAAGGUGCCUUUGGAGGGUAUCCGGCCUAUUGAAUUGUUUAUGUGCAGUGUGGUGAUGCGACAAGGCUACGGCGAAGGCAUCAGAUGGAUGUCUCAAUAUGUCUGAAAUGCCAAAAAAAAGACUUACGCGCCUGGAUUAUAAUCAUCUUAUCUUAUCUUGUCAUUUACCUGUUUCCCCUGCUCGUCCUGCGUCCGUCAAGUUUGCACAUCUUGUGUGUUUUUUCCCCUCAGCCCAUUUUUCAUUUUCUUAUUUCUCUAAAUCACUAAAUCAAACCUUCGGGUUUCCCCGUGCCCUCCUCCUUUCCCCCGUUCUCCUGCUCUCCCUGGUCUGUUGGAUAUGGCAAGAAAAAAUAUAAAUUUCGGGAAAAUGUCCUUUCUCCCACUCCUCCCCAACUCCAGAUAAAUUAAUCACGCAAUCAAACCAUCUCAUCGAUCCACAAAUUGGCGGUUCCCAUUUCUUCGCUCUCCACCCGACCCAAUGUCGUUAGGCUUCCAGUACAGAAAGAAAAUAAAAACACAGAAACCUUCUUCACAUGUACAGUACUUUCUACGUCUCAAAAGUCUCGCGACAAACAGCUCCUCUAUUUUUUGUUCCCCAUGUUUCACACCUUAUCAUUAGCUAGCUAACCUACUUACUAGUAGUGAUAUACAAUUAAGUCCACAAUCGUCCGUUUCCU